UCCGCCACCCUCCCACCAACAGCGCCGUGGGCUCCCCCCCUCUUCCUCCUCCGGCGCCGAGACGCAUUCCUCGCAACCCCAUCACGUUGUUUCUGCUCCCCUCGCUUAUCCCUUUAUAUCGCAAAAUCCGGUGGAGAUCAUGAUGAACAAUAGCAAGGCUGGCGGCAAUGGCAGCCAGGCCUGCGCCUCGUGCAAGUACCAGCGCAGGAAGUGCAACUCCGACUGCCCCCUAGCCCCUUACUUCCCGCCUGACCAGCAGAAGCAGUUCCUCAACGCCCACCGCCUCUUCGGCGUCAGCAACAUCCUCAAGAUCCUCAAGAACCUCGACCCCGCCCAGCGCCCCGAGGCCAUGAAAACCAUCAUCUUCCAGGCCAACAUGCGCAACAAGGACCCCGUCCGCGGCUGCCUCGGCGUCAUCGAGGAUCUCAAGAAGCAGAUCGACUGGAUCAAGGCGGAGCUUGACAUCACCCUCGGCCACGUCCACACCAUCAAGCAGCAGUUGCAGAUCCACAAUGGCGCAGCCCCUCCCCACGACGUCGGCAUCCCCGCCUCCUUCAGCAUGCACCAAUUUCACGCCCCUCCUCCUCCGUUUAUUCAACCGCAGCAGCAGCAGCACCACCACCCCCACAUGGGUGCUGUCGCUGUUGGCCACGUCAAUCCGGCUGCCAUGGCCAUGGCCGGUGGCAUGGACGCGGGCUUCGGACCUGCCAACGGCAUGAGCUUCGCGGGUGGCUCACCGUGGGUGCAGCAGCCUCAGAUGCACGGCGGCGAGUCGUCCGUUAGUCCCAAGCCUGAGCCGGCAGGUCUGUCGUCACCCGGCGUCGGCAUUCAGGACUGCGACGAAUUCAAGCCUUUCAUCGAUUUGUUCGACGAUCGGCAGCCGUUUGUCAAUCCGAAGGAGACAUUAGAAUGCAGCGGCGAAUCAUCGUUUAAAGAGGAGCAGCAAGACCAUGAAUUAAAACAAGCAGCUCAACUAUUUUCUCUCCGAAACAAUAUAGAUAGAGAUUCACAACACAUGUAAGCUAUGAAGAUGUAGACGAAUGAUUCUAGGGCAAGACCAUCAAGUGGAUGAAUUUGAUAGCUUGGGAGAUCUUAGCACUCAAGUUCAACAUUCCAGCGAGGAUAUGGUGGAGAACCUUCUUGAAUCCCUAAAUUUUUUUGAGCUCCCUAUCUUCUUUCAAGAUUACUUACCAAUCCUAUCACCGCCAGAAUAUGUGCAACUAAAGGAAAAGCACAUAUGCUUAUUAGAUGUCCGGCCAAAUUCCAGGAAAUUGGAGAUUUUUCUUUGUUCUCUCAUGAGCCUUUU